AUGGAGGAUAUAGAUAAAAAUAAAAUUGAUGUUGACUCAUCAAAUAAAGAUAUUACAGAAAUAUCAACCAAUAAUAAUAAUAAUAACACAACUGUUGCAACAUCUGAAACAACAACUAUUAAUUACUAUGAAGACGAUCAAGAGGUUGAUGAAGAUACACCAUUAAAUAAAAGUUUAAAGCAACUAUCAACACAAAAUACAAAACAAAGAAAUAAAAAGAUUUUAUAUACAUUAUGGUUUGUUGACCCAGAAUGGAUUGAUACUCAUACAGAUCAACAAAAUGACGAUGAAAAAGAUAAAGAGAAUUUAUCAUACCAAAGAUUUUUAUUUAAAAAGUUAUUAAACUAUUCAAGUUUCUUAAUUAAAAUUCCAUAUUCAUUACCAUUAACACUAUAUCGUAAUAUUGGACAACAAACAACUAAACAAAAUAAUUUUUCACCACUUUAUAAUUUUAAUCAAAACCAACCAACUUCAAAACUUUUAUCAAGCUAUGAUGGUUCAAUAUUAGCAUCAACAAGAAAUACAGAAAUUACUUUUAGAAGUUCUAAUGAUAAUUUUUCAACAAUUCAAAAAACAUGCAAUUUAUUUCAAAAUGAUAAAGAAAGUCAAUGGCAAAGAUUAUGCUUUAGUCCAGAUAAUAAUAUCUUAGCAUUUUCUUCAAGUGGAUGUAAAAUAUAUAUCUUCUUAAUUGAAAAAGAGCAAGUUCUUCAUAUCCUUUCACCUGGUAUGUUUGGUUUAAAUCCAAAAGAUGGUAUUGCUGAUUUAGCAAUUCGUCAUUCAAAAUGUAGUUUAGAUCCUGAUCAACAAUGUUAUGAAUUGUUAAUUUUAGGUUAUGAUAUGAUAUUAAGAAGAUUUCAUAUUCCAACAUCAUUUAAUUCAUUUACAAUUCAUCCAUUUAUAAGUAAAAACGAACAGUUGCCAAACAAUUAUAAUAACAACAAUAAUCAAAAUAUUAAUAAUAACGAUAACACAAUAAUAAAUAGAAAGAAAAAAGAUGAUACCUCAGUGGAAGGUGAUAAUGAUAGUUCAAAUAGUAAUACUUCAAAUAAUAAUAAUUAUAAUAGAAUUGGUUUGGGGUGCUCACCAAAUGGAUUAACUAUACCAAACUUUAAACAAUAUCAUCAUUCAGUAAGUUGCAUGCAUUUUUCACCAAAAAACAAUAUAUUGGCAAUUGGUGGCAAUCGAAAAUCAGCCAAAUCAACAAAUAGAGGUUCAAGAAUUAAAGCGUAUGUCUCAUUUUGGAAAAUUUCAGAUACUGAACCAUAUUUUGUUUUAUUAAAUCCACCAUCAAAUGAAAAUAAAAAAGAUUUAAAUAGUAGCACAGAUACAACCUAUUCAAAACCACCAACAUUCAACAAUAACGAAGAAGAUGAAAAUUUUGAAAAUUUAAGUAAAACUCAAAAGGUUUGGAGAAAAAUUAAAUACACUUUAUUUGGCAAUUACUUUAAGAGUGUUAUUUUACAAAAGGUUAUAUUUUCAAAUGACGGUAAACAAUUAUUAGCAUUGGAUUUAAAUGGCACAGUCUCUCUAUGGAAAGUUCCUAAUGAAAAUAUUUUAGAUAGUGACAGCGACGAUGAUCAAGAAGAUGAAGAUGUAUCAAUUGAUAAUUAUGAUAAACCAGUUUUAGAGUCACCAAAAGUUAAAAAAACUAAAUCACAAAAUAAUAAUAACAACUCAAGCUAUUAUAAACCAAUUAAAAGUUGGACAUCAAAAGACUUGAGACCGAUUUGGGAUAAUUCUGAAGAACCAUCAUUUAUGCAGCAAUAUUCAGACAAUAGAAAUAAUUAUAAUCAAUAUCCAUUUACCUCAGAUCCAAAUACACCAUCUUCUUCCAGUUCCACAACAAACAAUGGUAAUAAUAAUACCAGUUCAACACAAAAUAGCAAUAUAAAUAGUAAUAUUAUUGAAAAUUUAAAAACUGUAAUUGAUAUUUCAUGGUGGUCAGAUAAUCAAAUUAUUGUUGGUAAUAAAGGUGGCCAAUUUACAGUAUUUUCAAUGUUGGAUAAUACAAAUUGUUUACUUCAUGAUCCAGAAUUAGUAUCAUCAGCUCAACCACUAAUAUUAACAAAUGCCCACAAUGGUAGAUUUUUUAUUUUAGAAACAUCCUAUACAUCACCAAUCCAAGAAAAGGUUAGUUUACUUUCAAAUUUUUCUAUUCAAGAUUUAUAUAAAUCUAAAGUUAAAAUACCAAUGAUCAAAACCUAUAAAUAUUUAUUAAGACAUUUUAAUGGUGGUGAUGUCACUGAUGACAAUGAUGAAGAUCCAUUUCAUUUUAAUAUUUCAAGAGACAACGAUGGUAAACAAAAAAGAGUUCAAAAAUCAAACAAUAACAAAAUCAAAUCAAUAUUUUCAAAAAAUAAAUCAUUAUCAAUAAAUAAAAAACAAUUUAAUAAAAAUAAUAAUAAUAAUGAACCAAUUCAUUUAAUACGUAGAAUUAUUAGAUUUCAAUCAACUACACCAGAGCAACUAUUUAAAACAAAAGUUUCACAAAAAGAAUAUAAUAAUGCAUUAUUGAUUGCUGAACACUAUGGUUUAGAUAAAGAUUUAGUACAUCAAAAGCGUUGGAUAAAAUCAUUAGUUUCAAAUGAAUCAAUUAAACAAUAUCUAUCAAAGGUUCAAGAUAUUAACUGGUUGUUAUGGUCAUGUCAUAUUAGAAUUCCAUUAAAAUUAGAAUCAACAAGAUUACUAUUAGAGUUUGCAUUAGAGAAAACCGGUGAAUAUAUUAAUCAAGAUCAGUCAUUAGAUCAAUUAAAGGAUAAUCAAUAUUUAGUUAUUCACAGAUUAAUAUUGAUCAAUUAUUUAAACCGUUUAAAGACAUAUCAAGAAAUUUAUCAAAAUGACUUUGAUGCUUCAGAAUUCCUUCGUUUUAGAGAUUGUAGUUUAAUAUCUGCUGCUAUGGAGUAUGCUAAUUUUGAAGAUGUUAAAGCGGUUUCAAUUCUAUUUAGUUAUUAUAGCGAUCAAGUUUUACCAUAUCGUUUAGAUAUUCUUUCAAUGAUCCCAGAAACUACUUUACCAGAAAUUUACAAACAAUUAUUGCCAGAUGAAUUGAAUGUUUGGAAUCCAAAGAAAUCAUUACAACAAGAUUGGUGUCAAAGUAAAGAAAUAUUCGAAAAGGUAUUACAAUUGGAUUAUAAUCAACGUAUGAAUUCAACCUAUUUAAAGAGAGCCUUAUUAUCACUGGGUAAAGAAUAUGAAGACAUUAGAUCUGCCAGAGAUAAAAACAUUAACCUUUAUCAAAACAGCAAUGACAUUGAUAUCUAUUCAAUUGACUAUCAAGAAAUUGAUCAAAAUAAUCAAUACUACUAUUCAAAUUUACCAAUUGAUAAUAAUUCACCAUCUAAAAAUAUUGCAUCAACUAUAGAGGAAUGGUAUAGAAAGAGAUCAAAAGAAAUUGAUAGAAAGUCUGGUCAAAUUUCCAACUCACUUCAAUUAAUCAAUAUAGCCAUAAAUGAAAAGAAUGUUUCAAAUCUUUUAGAUAUUCAAAGAGAUUUAGAAGAAUUAAACUCAAUUAUAUAUGACAAUAUUUCAACCAAUAAUGAUAUAGAAAUCUCAUUAGAAACUUACCAAUCACUAAACCAAUUAGAAAGAAUUAAAUUAUUAUUAUCUGAUUCAAAUGAUUCAAAUGUUUACAAGUUAAUUAAAAAGAGAUGCCAAAAACUAUUAUCAAUCAAUCCUCAUCUUUUAAUUGAUUUCUUUGAAACCUAUUCAAAAGAUAAUAAUAAUUUAAAUUUAGUAAAAUCAUUUUUAUUAAAUUAUCAAAAAGAAAAAUAUCUAUUAUUUGAAAAGCAACAAAAACAACAGCAACAACAACAAGGAGAGCAACAAAGCGAUCAAAAAAAGCAACAAGAUGAACAACCAGAUGAAGGUUUUAACAUUGAUAUUAAAAUUUUAUUAAAAAUUGGGUUAAAUAGUAUUUUUAAUAUUAAAAAGAAAUUAAAUGAUAAUCUUAUAAAUACAAUGUCAAAUAUUAUCGAAAUUUUACCAGAAAGAGGAAGUUUUCAAGAUAGAUUGGAUGAUGAAACUCAGAGCUUACACGAUAAAAAACAUCAAUACAGUUUAUAUGUUCAAACUAUGAAAAUAUUGGUCAGAUAUCACAUUGAAAAGCCAAUAAGUUAUUUUAUCACUAAUGAAACCAAAGAUAAUCAACAAGAAGAAAUUAUGUCAAUUUUAACAAAUAUUUUCAAGUUUGCAAAAAAGAAUCAUUUUAAACAAGCAAAUUGGAGAAAUACUUUGGAUGACUGUCUAUCUAUUAAAAGACUAUCAUUUUCAAAUACCGAUGAUACCCAACUAUACUGUCUGUUUGUAAAGAAUUUAUUAUCAGAAUCAUUAUUCUUUUUAGCAAAUGAAUAUUUAUCCAACUGUGGAUCACCAGAUAGAAUUGAAUCAUUGGUUUUAAAUGCUGCUAAAGAAUUUUUCAACUCAUCCUCUUCUUAUGGCCAUACAAAGAAUUUGGAAGAGGCUAGAUCCUGUUUAGAAUUAAUUAGACCACCAACAAGAAAAAUAUUACGUGAAAUUAAUUUAAUUAAAGCUAUUGAUAUUUUAUAUUCAACUUUUAGUUUUAAUAAAUUACCUGUUGAAGUUAGAUUAAUAUUAGAGAAAGGUUUAAAAUCAAAUAAUUUAAAUUCACCAGAUCAAAUUACCUCACCAAAAGCAUCUAUUUUACAAGAAAAACAAAAAGAAACCACCGGCUCAAUAUUAUCAAUUGAUAUGGAUGACUAUAGCAAACAAGGUAGAUUUGAACUAAUUCAAAUUCUUUUAAAUAAUAUCAAAAAUAGUUAUUUAAAUAUUGAAACUAUAUUACAAAUUACCGAUUUAAUCUCUGAUUGGAAUAGUGACACAAUUAGUAUUUCAAAUAGUGGUGAAUAUUUUUAUAAUAGUGGUAAUAAUAGCUCAAACAUUGGUACCAAUGUUAAUGAUAAAGUUAUAGUAUUAGUUAUUCUUGCCAAGUUUUCAAUGGAAGUUAAAAAAAAUUAUGAUAUUACUUAUAAAAUAUGUCAAAGAUUAAUUAAAGAAAAAGAAAACUCAAAUAUACCAUCAACAUUCAAUGAUAUUUGGAAAAUAUGCUCAUCACUCGCUCUUUGUCAAGAUUUUGAUGAUAUUGAAGCUAAACAAAGUCUUUUAUCAUUUUCUUUGCUCUAUUGCGACUCUGACAGUAUUUUAAUAUUAUUACAAACUUUAGAACAAUUAGAAUUUAUUGAUGGUUUAAAUCAAAAUAGUACAAUUUAUAAUCAAGAUAAAAGUCAAGUUAUUCAAACAUUACAAUCACAAAAGAAUGAAAUAAUUAAGGAAAAAGAUCAAAUUAAAUUAGAGCCACCAUUCAUUGAAACCAAAGACUCAAUUUUAAAACUAUUUGAACCAACAUCUAAAAACUAUGAUGAAAGCCAAGAAUUCGAUCAAGAAAAAGCAAAAGAAAAUUUAUUAACAAUUAAUCAAAAUUUAUUAUAUUACUAUCAACUCUUAAACUUUAAUAAUGACAAUGCAUUAACUAAUAAUAGCAAUGGUAAUAAUAAUAACUAUAUUGGUAAUAAUGAAAUUGAAUUAGUUUUAUUAGAAUUAGCAAAAUUAACAUUUCAAAAUGGUGAUAUGAAAUCUUCAUUAUCUUAUUUAUUAUGUUUAAAUUAUAAUGAUGAUAACAAUUUUAAAAUCAGCUCAAAGUUUUUCAACGACUUAAUAGAAAUGACCAAACUAAAUGAUAGAUUCCAAUCAAGCCAAGAAAGAUGUACCAAAUUAGCCUGUUACUUUUAUUCCCUUAAACUAUUAUUAUUAGAAUCUCCAAAAAUGUCUUUAUUUUCAAUUUCAAUCGAAUCAAUUAUUACAAUGGCAAAAGACCUUAUUAACGAACAACCUUUAGAACAAGAUGGAUCCCAAUCAAAUCAAAUUAGAUCACUACUAUUAUACUAUUACAAUUUAAUGGUUGACUCAAUUCAAGAAAAAGAAUUAGCUGAAAUUAAUACAUUUAUUGAUUUCAAUAGAUUUAAACAAGAUUCAAACUAUAAAAUUGAUACAAUUUAUUCUUUUGCAAAAUCAAACCAAGUAAAAUCUUUAAAUACUGCUGUUUCUAUGGCCAAAAGAUAUAAUAUCACUUUUUAUCAAGUAUUAUUAAAACAUAUUGAAUGGCAACUUUUAGAAAAUCCUUCAGCUCCAGUAUUCAUUCUUUCUAGUCAAGAUAUUGAAGAAUUAAAGAAUCGUCAACAUUUCAACAAUACUAUUCAACAAUUACAAGAAUUUUAUAAUGAAAUUAAUGGUACUCAGUAUGAUAAAUUAUUAUAUUAUUUUGAUUUAUUACCAUUAAUCAAAGAUCAAUCUCACUCAUAUAAAGCUGAAAAGAAACUUUUAAACUUCUUAUUAAAAAAUACUACCAAUAGCUCAAUUCCAAACUCGCCAAUUUCACCAAUUUCAAAAUCAUCCUCAAACAUACCAACAGCUUUUAGUAAUAAUAUUUCAACAAUAUUAAAGAAUUUAGAUUUUAAACAAUUAUUAAAUUCAAAUUAUAAUCCAAUUAAUCAAGAGAUAAAGUCAAGCAUUACUCAAGAUAAUAUAAGUUUCUUGAAUAAACUUAUUAGUAUACUUCAAGAAGUUAGGGAUGAUGAUAUAAUCCAUACCAUUUCAUUAGAAAAGAUGUAUUUCUUUAUGAUCGAAAAUUUAAUCUCCAAAGAUAUUGAGAAGAAUAGAGGAUUAUCAGUUUAUUCAGUCAUUUUAAAAUAUAGAAAAAACCUUGACGAAAAUGACCUACAAUCACUAUACAUCUCUUUAAUAAUCGGUCAAUAUUCAAGUAGUCUCUCAAUCGAGAAUAGAAUUCAAAUCAUAACAUUAAAAAUUGGGGAAUUAUCUCAAAAUUUCGAAAAAGAACAAUUGGUAGAUUUCAAUUUUAAUCAUCAAACCCACUUGCUAUUAUAUCAAACCAUCGAAGAACAUUUAUUAAGUAUUAAGCAAUUAGAGAAUAUCAAAGAUUUAAUUGGCGGUAAAGAGUUUAUCAAAAACUACGAUUUAGAAAUUUCUUCAAAGUUAUUGGAAUCCUAUGAUCAUAUCAUUAAAAGUGAAGGCGCACACGACAUCAACGAAGAAGAUAGUUUAUCAAUUGAACCAAUUAAAAUUAUAGAACUUGAAAAAGAAAAAAAUGUUAAAUCAAUUGUAUUGAAGUUAUUAAGUGAACUCUCAAAUAAUACAUCAACAACUCCAUCAACUAUUAAAUCGAUUUAUAUUAAUUUCUAUCCUUUGUCAAAGUCAAACUAUUCAAAAACAAACUCCAGAAUCAUCAACUACUACUUAAACUAUAUUGAUCAACUAUUAAUUGAAAAACCAAAUAAUACUCUAAAUCAAAUUAAACUAGUUUCAGAGCAAUCAAUUAAAGAUAAAUCAUUAGAAAGCCAAGAGCAACCACCCACAUCCUUAAAAUUAUCAAUUCUAAAUAAAUUAAGGGAUCAUUGUUAUAAUCAAGAGAAGUCUGUAGAAUUUAAAAUGAAUAUUUUUGAAAUGUUAAUGAAAUUAGAUAUGUACCCUCAAGAUGAAGAAAAAGAAAAACAAUUAGAUUCUCAAUUUAUCAAACAACAUAAAACCCAAUCUAUUAUUAAGGAUAUAUGGAAAGAUACUGGUAUCAAUAGUUCAAUAUUAGAUAUAGAAAUCACAGACACAUUAUCAUCAGUUCCAUUGUUUAAUGAGUUACUAACUCAUAGCAAAAAUAUUCAACAUUUAGUAGAAUUGUCAAAAUUAUUAAUACUUUGGAAUACUAAUAAUAAUGAAAAAACCAGUGAUCAAGAAAAAGAGAUUAAAAAUUCAAAUUACAAAGAGUCAAUUCUACACGAAUGUUGGUUUAAAUUAUUUGAAAGAAUUAUUAAAGAAUUUUCAUCGAAUAGUAAUGAAAUUAUAAAUGUUUUAAUUUCAAUUCGUACAGAUCAAAAAAAUAAAUUCCCUAUGAACCUUGACGAAGAAAAAGAAUUAUUAGAACUAUUAAAAAAUUCAAACUUCCCAUUUACAACUUUGUUCAAAUUUUCACUCCUUUCAAACUAUGACUCAAUUAAACAAACUACAAUUGAUACAAUCAAAAACAAUGGUAUAACUAAGGAUAAUAUCGAUAAUAACAAUACCACACUUUAUCAAUUUAACUAUUUUACAGAAUCAAAAGUUAAACCAGUUUACAUGGAAACAAACGAUGAAAAAGUUUAUAAAUAUAUCAAACUGAAUUGUGAAGAUGGUACUUUGACUGCUCAAGAUUUAAAUUUAGAGGAAGAAACAAGUUUAAAUGUUAAUGAUAUUAGAAAUUACUAUUUAACAAUGGAAUUGUAUAUUAAAGAAAUUACAAACGAUCAACAAUUAUUACAUUUAAUUUAUUCAAAUGGUUUCACCCAUUGCUUUGUUUCAUUCGAACAAUUAUUUAAACCACUAUUCAAUAUGCUAUUACAAUUCAAUUUAGUAAAUAGAAAUAAAAUUGACCCACAAUCAACAUUUACAAGUCUUCAAUAUACUGCCUCAAUGCUCACAAUUAAUAAGAAUUACUACCAAGCCUGCUUAAUCGGUUUAUUCUGGUGGAGAAUCGACUAUUUACCAAUCCAAACGUUAGAUAAUUCUUUAAUCCUUUUAGAGAAAUUCUUUAGAAAUUCCCAACAAUUAAUUGAUCAACAAAAACUAACUUUACUUUCAAAUAAUUGGUCAAUUUGUAAAGAAAAAAUUAAUCAAGCUUUAGAAAAUUUAAUCCAAUUAAACAAUUUUAGUGAUGAAGAAAAUAUAAUCGAAUAA